AGUAAAAAUUCCCAAAAUCAGAAAAAAUAAAUAGCCAAGAAACUUCCAACUCAAGAAAGUCCUCACAUGGAGUACCGGCAAGAAACACCUUUGGCCGUACCAAAAAUUUCCAACUCUGAAACUCAAUAAUCGGCCCUAGGUUAGGGUUUUCCUUCCCUCUCUCUCUGCAACUCUAGAUUCAGCUCCAGAGUUGCGGCAAGCCCCUUUCCAUGUCUCCUCUUUCGCCCGCUUCGAGGUUGUCGUUGAUUUUCCUCUGCCUUGUAGGGCUAGGGCUAGGGCACGCUCUGAAGGUCCCGUUUAAGGUUAAGGACCUGCUUCCGGCUCUCCCGCAUCAGGUAUCCUGGCCGGUGCUGAACAAUCUCCACAGUGCUGCGGACUUGUUGCCCUAUUUCAUCGGAUCGGUUUCUCCAAACAAUGGCUCUAUUGAGUGGAAAGGGGCUUGCUUCUAUGGCAACGAGGCUCGGCUCGAGCUCACGCAAAGUAAUCGGAAUGAUCCGGAUUUGGGCGGUGGCGUUCUCUAUCUGAAGACGUCUGAGGCACACAGCUGGACUUGUAUGGAUUUAUACGUUUUCGCAACACCGUACCGGAUUACAUGGGAUUACUACUUCACUGCUCGAGAACAUACAUUGACAUUUGAUUCAUGGGAAGAGAGUGCAGAAAUGGAAUAUGUAAAGCAGCAUGGGGUGUCUGUAUUUCUCAUGCCAUCAGGAAUGCUGGGGACCCUUCUUUCUUUAGUAGAUGUCUUGCCGCUUUUUUCUAACACUGUCUGGGGUCAGAAUGCUAACAUUGCUUUUCUGAAGAAGCACAUGGGUGCCGCAUUUGAAAAGCGUCCCAAGCCUUGGGUUACAACUAUAAAUCCUGAAGAUGUUCAUUCUGGUGACUUUCUAGCGGUUUCAAAGAUCCGUGGCCGAUGGGGGGGUUUUGAGACGUUAGAAAAAUGGGUAACAGGUGCAUUUGCUGGCCAUACAGCUGUGUGCUUGAAGGAUGAAGAGGGCAAUCUUUGGGUUGGUGAAUCAGGACAUGAGAAUGAAAAG